AUUGCGUUUGUUUAUCAAUGACAUCAACCAAGAGCUGGGGUUAAAUUACCUCCACCCACUUGAAAGAGAGAGGUCGAUAAUUUACAAGCAUGCCAGAGUUUUCCAAAGUAUUUCGAAGUUUUAACUUUGAGUGACCUAAAACAUAAUUAUAGGUUUAUAAGUGCUUCCACUUCAGUUUUCAAUACUGAUAUCACUGUGCUGUGCACAACUCCGCUCGCUUCGGAAUGUAGACGCAAAUAUGUCUGUCUCCACAAUGGAACUACAAUCCGAACUGCUCAAGUCCAUCUGGUACGCGUUCACAUCGCUGGACAUGGAGAAAUGCGGCAAAGUAUCGAAGUCCCAGCUGAAGGUUCUCUCCCACAACCUGUACACGGUGUUGAACAUCCCUCACGACCCCGUAGCACUGGAGGAGCACUUCCAAGACGAUGACGAUGGACCGGUGUCAAAACAUGGCUACAUGCCCUACCUCAACAAAUACAUACUGGCCAAGGUCAAAGAGGGUGCAUAUGACAAGGAGACGUUUGACGACCUGUGCUGGAUGAUGACCAUGAAGAAAAACUACAGACCUACCAGUGGCCAGGGGGGGCUGCUGUGCUCCCUGAGAGACUGCUUCAAACUUUUCUGUCUCUUCAACCUGCUGUCGGAGGACCACUACCCACUCAUCAUGAUUCCACAGGAGGUGGAGUACCUAAUGAAGAAAAUUUCCACUGCGAUGAAUCAGGAGUGGGACGGCAAGCCCCUGGAGGACCUGCUAUCCCAAAAUGGCUCUGUCCAGGAGGAGGGCAUGUCGGUGUGGGUGUUCCUGGAUCACAUGGGUGCCGGGAGGCUGCUGAGGGUCAGCAAUGCGGGUGCCUUCAGUUUGGCUCUGGACCAGGUCUUCUUGGAGAUGUACCACAACGUCCUCAAGAGGGGUUACAUGUGGAAAAAGGGACAUGUGCGCAGGAACUGGAUGGAGCGUUGGUUUGUACUCAGGCCAUCCUUCAUGGCCUACUACGCCAGCGAGGACCUGAAAGACAAGAAGGGAGAGAUUCCAUUGGACCAGUAUUGUGUUGUGGAGGCUAUUCCAGACAGGGAUGGGAAGCGUUGUCUCUUUUGUGUGAAGACCACCAGCAAGACCUAUGAGAUGAGUGCUGCUGACCAGAGACAGAGGGUGGAAUGGACCCAAGCCUUGCAGACUGCCGUCCGUCUCCAGGGUGAGCGCAAGUCCUCCCUCCACCAGGAACUAAAGCUGAAGAGGCAGGUCCAGCGUGAGCAGAGUCAACGGGAGCGCAGCCUGAGCGCCAGCAGCAGCCGCGGCAACCAAUCAGAAGAGCAUACCAUUCAAGACCUGGAGAAGGAAAAGGAACGGCAAGGACAGGCGAUAGAGAGUAUUAUUCAGCACCAGCGAGAGGUGGAGGCACGGCGCAGGGAGGAGGAGGAGAAAGAGAGGGAGCAACAGAAGGAGGUCCAGAGAGAGUUGGAGAGACAGCUAGACGAGGCAGAGAAGUUGCGGGAGAGCAUGCAGGCUGAGAUGGCAGAGAAGGAAAAGGAGGCCGAGCAGCAGAGGAAGAGGAUCCAGGAGCUGGAGCUGACCCAGCAGAAACUGGAGGCUGCUCUCAACACAGAGAUACAGGCCCACAUGGAGGAGGAGAGAGUCAGGCUGGAGCUAGAAGGGGUACUGCAGGCAGAGGAGAAGAAGAGCAGGCAGUGUCUGCUCCUCCAGGAGCAGCAGGAGGCAUCCCGCCACUUCAGCCCCAGGGAGGAGGCCCCAAACAGAGCGAAGGAAGAGCGGCCGGCCCCCUCUGCCCUCCACUAUGCCUCCCAGGAGCUCCAGAGCCUCCGAGAGACCCGAGAGAGGAGUCACCAACACCUGGAGGAAGUUCAGGAGAAGCUUCGUAAAGCCAGCAACCAUGUCCGACACUGGAAUGUUCAGCUCAACCGCCUAAUGAAACCCAUCGCACCUGGGGACAAGUUAUCAUCGUUGCCAGUGAAAAUCACCUGCUCGAAACAGGAGGGGGCGUUAGCCAGCAGUGAGUUUAUCGCUAAACUCCAACCAAGAGCCAAUCAAGAAAUUCAGCAAAUACUUGAGAGCCAAUCGGCUACAGAAGAGAAAGGACUACAGGAACAGGUGGAGGCUUUCACCCUGUCAGAGCCUGGGGGAUCGUGAUGUGUCAUGGGUAAAUUGUGACUGACUGACUGAUCUACAAAUAAUAUUGUAGUUUAUUUAUGACGCAAGGAUCUUUGCAGAUCAGUCAUUCGGCAGUCGUCUGCACUGUUGGCUGCAAUGUCGAACAUUCCCAGUUGUUUUACAUGUCAACAGUCUGGCUGAGUUCCUGCCCGACUAGAUGUACAGGUGUUGCAUUGCAUCAAUCAAUGGUUGCGUGCCACUUUGUCGACUGUGCAGUCGGGCAUCAGAUUUCUACAUCAAUUGAGGUGUUUAGCUGAUGUGUUAAAUACCAAUCCAGGCUUUGAAGAUCUGGAAUGUAGUCGGGGAGGAACCUGACCUUUACCAAUGGUAGUGCUGACUAGGAGAUGAGUAGGAUCUGUAAAAAAUAAAUUUAAGGGAAUUUGUCUUCCUUUAGAAAGUGCUUUGAUCGAGGAGAUACUACCUGUGCAAUAAGAAUGCAAAUGUUUGUUUCUUCCUUCACAAAAAAUCUUCCGUUCUGUACGAACAUGUCCCAUGAUGAGGACUAUGAUUCUUGGCAGGUGGACCCAGUAGCCUAUACACUACUUCAAGAACUGAGAAACACCUCAUUAACCAACUGACUGUUCAUAUUUCCAUCUUGCUAGGGGACAACAGUCAUUGUAAAUGAUACAAUACAGAGAAUAAACGACAGGUUUGAAUUUCUGUACAAAAGAAGUGUGCGUACUAGUAUGUAGUGUGUGAACAACGUGAUUGCUCUCUUCUCUAUUUGAUACAAGGCAGUCUAACAAACCCAUGUAUGCCAUUUUUUUGUCAGGAAAGGAAAAGUGUCAUGUCAGGAAGAAUCGGGACAGGCAAAUAUGUUCUCUUUUAUUCUUGAAAUGCAAUCUAUUUGAAGUAACGUCUUAAAUCUGUGGCUCACAUAUGCCUAAUAUAUUGACAUAUAUUUCAAAUGCAUAUGUAAUAUGUACUAGUAUUUCAAAUAAAUAUAUCCAAAUACA